AGGGAGGAAGAGGAGGAGGAGGAGGAGGAGAUGCUGGACGCUCGCGAGAAGACAGCUGCUGAGGCUGUCGAGAUUCACAUUCGGUCGGACUGAGGAUGGACGAGAUGGAGACCUUCAUCCAUCUUUACCUCGAUCUGCUCGAUCUUGGGAGUCAAGCCAAGAUGUGACUGUCACGCCGCGUCAUAGUUUGGAUCAGUCCGGCCUUGUUUCCAUAGCAACAGAGAUAUCAGCGUAUCCUAAGAAGUCCCACCAUGCAGUCCUCCAGCUGCUCCUCUCAGCCUCCCAAGCCACGACGCUUCGACGUCAGCAGGCGGACCAAUGCCUCGGCGGCGCCAAAGUCAAACGCUUUCCAGAGGGAGGAUAAAAACAUGAACACCAUCGCCGCGCCCUCCCCUCGGCGGGCGACGAAGGCCCCGGCGGCUCCGUCCAGAACCAGGGUGCCGCCUCGAGCCCCGGUGAGCCAGUCCAGGCUGAGCUCACAAAAACAGGCGUCCUCCACCGUCUCCAAAUUGACCAAACCCAAACCGAAGAACGCCCGUGGGUCGGCGGCGAACCAGAUUGCGCCCACCAAUGUCGCCAACGCCGCCAAUGCCGCCGCCGCCGCCGCCGCCGCCGCUUCUCCGCCUCCUGCGCUUCCCUCCGCCCUCCCCCUCGACCCGAACUGUAACGAGCCGAGCCUGCCAUGCCUGUGCUGCGACGGACGCUCCCCGCAGGACAACAACAGCAUGUUCAACCACAACCACAACAACAACAACACCAUCUCCCUCCGGCAGCAGAUGCAGCUCCCGCCUCCUCCGCCCUCCAUGCCCCUGAGGAAGGAUGGGACCGGAUCCAAGGAGCCGCCGUCGCCGGCUCAGGCCCAGCUGGAGCCGCCUGCCGGGCCUGCUGCCAGUCUGGAAGAGAAGGGGGAGCUGGACAACAAGAAAAAGCUGGAGGUGGAAGACGACGACGACGAAAGCAGCGGAGAUAUCGAUAUUGAUAAUGACGACGAUGACGAUGAUGAUGACGACACUCUGGUUCCUUCGUGCUGCGACUGCCCCCCAUCCCUCCUGGAGUUCUCGCUGUCCUCCUCCACCUCCUCCUCCUCCACCUCAAUCAGCUCCUGCUCUGAUCUGGAGUCCGACUGUGCAGAUCAAUCCACCUCCAUCUGUGACAAUCUUUCCCCCAAAGACCAUCCUGAGCUGCAGCCUCCUGCUCGCUCGCCUCCAUCACUUCCUCUCAACCGAAACCCCUUCGUCUUGACGUCAUGUUCCCCAGUUGCCCCCUGCUCCCCAGACGAGGGCUACCCGUCUGCUCUGGACUCCCCUUCUCCUGACUACUUAGGAGUCAAAGGUGACUCUGAGGUCGCCAAACUGGGCCUGCUUGACUUCCUGGAGUCGGUGGGCGAGUUUGGUAAAAUGGAGCGCUUCAGCCAGGUGAUCCAGGUGGCUCGCUGGGACCUGGAGGGGGAGCAGCACUGGGACGUCCUGCGGGAUCGCUUGGAUCACCUGGACCGCUUGGAGAAGGUGAACCGGGAGGUGAAGCUGGCCUACAUUGCCAGACUCCACGAGAAGGGGUUCGACCUCGGAGAUCUGGAGGAGCAGGACCUCUCGGACGUCAUGGACGAGAUGGGGAACAUCGACAUUCCCUGGAAGUUGUAUAAAAACCGCGGCGGGUCGAUGGGAGACUCUCAGGAGUUUUCGGAUGCCGGCGUUGACCUCACGGCUCCGUCGGACUGCGAGGACCCUCUCGCUCCGGACUCUCUCACGCCUUCCCCCGUCGAGCCACCGCCGAGGCCCCCGAAGCCUCCGGCGCGUCAUGCCAGCGUGAGCUCGGACCUCCACACCUACAUCAACAUCAGCAGGGAGACCACCUCCAUGGCCGUCUCCACCUCCCCCACACUGACCACCUUCUCCCCCAACUCCUCCUCUCCAACGUUCACCACCUUCAGAUGCGAGAAAUCCCCGCCUCCGACUCCCCCGUCCAUCCCUCCCCUCCCCGCCUCCAAACCGGUCCCUUACCUCACCCUCUACACCACCCCGUCUCCCCCACCGGCCAUCCCCACCCCUACUCCCCCUAUUCCUCCUCCUCGGAGGCGCCACCUCGCCCGGAAAGAAGCCCAGCGCCUCGCCGCCCUUCAGGCCGAGCAGGAAAAGACGCCGCUAUCUCUGCCGCCACCCACCACCCGACCUCCGCCUCUUCCUCCCCCGCCCGUCAUCUCCAUCUCCUCCUCCUCACCCCCUGCCAUACCGCCUCCCCCAGCCCUGCCUCCCCCUCCGUCCUUCCACGCUCUGGACGUAGAGAUCCGGAAGCUGCUCAUGUUGGCCGGUUUGACCCAAGCGGAGCUCCUCAAGCUCAGCCCGGAGUUGGGCGUCUGCGUCGGCGGUCUGGAGGACGACGGAGAUAGCUUCCCUCGAUCCGUGGAGACGCAAGGCUUCAGACUGCGAGAAAGUGGGGAGGAGGGUGAUGGAAGCGGGUGGCAGAAGAUUGAAAAAGCGGAUGUAAGCGAAGAUGGCAAAAAGAAAGAGGAGAGCAAAGACACUCAAAGAACCACCUCUUUCACAGAGAUGGCGAGAAGAAGGAAGAGGAACACCGCCAUGGCGUCCGACCACUACUACACCACCAGUUUCACACACGAAACUAAAGCGAAGACUUACGAGACUUUCUGUUACCCUACUGAGGUACCCGAUUCGCCUCCGCCUCCUCCGCCUCCUCGCCCUUUACCUCCGAUUCCGCCAUCUUUGCCAUCCCUUAAGGUCAGCACUCUGCCUGCCAACUCCGAGCAGCCGGAACGCUUCGAUUGGCUCAUCGCCUUCACGCCCGAGUGCGAAGCCCCGCCGCAGCUUCCGUCGCUAGAAAACAGAAGAUCCCACGUGGAGAACCAGCAGAAGAAGCCCAGCCCUCCAGCUCCAAAGGUCACGACGUUCAAGGAGCUUCGUUUCCGCAACAAGAGCGCCUCCCCUCCGACGAAGGUGAUCACCGAGCCCGAGCCCGACCCCACGGUCAUCACCCCGGACCCGGACAUCCUCUACAACCUGAAGUGGAGGCGGGAGACAAACGGCAGCGACGGCAUCCAGUGGGAGUACACCUCCCAGGCCCAGGCCCUGUUCAUGCAGCCGCCGCCGGCCCUCACCUCCAUGGCCGCCCUGAAGGAGAUGCUCCAGAGGGCCGACGAAGAGGGAGGCCGGCUGGAGCUGUGCCCGUCGCAGAAGAUGGGCUGCUCGGUCAGCGACAGCAGCCUGUGGACGACGGGCCGAGAGUGGGAGGACAAGGAGGAAGAGGAGGAGAAGGAGGAGGUGGAGGUGAGAGGACGAGCCGACGGAGGAUGGACGUUUGAAUCGAGAACCACAGUUUCCUCUCCCCCGCUGUCCCUCGCCCAGCCCUCCUCCUCCCAGCCCUACUUCCUGCACCGCCUGCCUCCCUUCCGCCCCGGCUUCUGCCCCUCCCAGCCCCCUGCAGAUCCUCGACCCUGCAGCCACGUCGGCCGGGAGUCCACCGCCGAACCUCCUCGAGACUCUUUGCUUAGAUCUCCCCUCCGCGUUGAGGAUGACUUUAGCCCAGACGCUCCGCCGCUGAGCGACUCGUUGUGUAACUUUGACUCGCUGUGUGAGUCGGAGAGGCCGGGCUGCGAGGCGUCGGGCUGCACGACGCCGUACAAGAACGUCGACGUCACGACGGCGUUCUCUGGCGGCGUCGCUGCUGCCGCUGCUCCAGACUCGGAGCAGAUUAAGGCGAGGACGUCCAAAGAGCUUCCUCCCCUGCCCUCCUACUUCCUGUACCACCCCAAGAACUGCCCCCUGCACCGGGGCGCUCCCCCCCGCCUCUCCCCCAUCGGCGCUCUCUCCCCUCCCCAUCGCUCCGGAGCUCCGCCUCCGGGCGCCGCCACCGCCUCCUGCCUCAGCUCCCCGCUGUUCCCCCGCUCCCACACCCUCCCUGCCCUCGCCGCCCCGCUCUACUACCCCAACCUUUACCCCCCCGUCCCCCCCAGAGCGCCUCCCCUGCCCCCCAAACUGCACCAGGCUCCUCCUCCUCCGUCGUCACGCCUGGCGACUGUUCGCAGCGUUUCCUUCGCCGGCUCCGUCCAGAAAACCGAAGCUCCGUGGAUGGGCGAACAUCCGAAGAGAGGUCUGGGCCUGUCCUCGCUGUGCCUGCAGGAGAAGAAAGGUUUGUUUGUUUCCCUGGUCAGCGCCGUCAGCGUGGCGGUAGAAGCCGUCUUGGCUCAGUUCAGCUCGUCUCGGACCGUGGUUCAGAAGUCUUUGUCUGUUAACGAGGCCUUAUCAGGAGACAGCACCAUAAAUCCAUCUCUGGGCCGUCUGGUGCUGCAGUGCCUCUGCCCCGCCCUCCACAGCCUGCUGACCGACGGCCUCAAGCCCCACCAGAGUGACCUGAUAGCGGGCAGGAGGCCCAACUCUGCCUGGGGUCUGGUCCAGGCCUCCACCCGGCCAGGUCCUAAAACUCAAGCGUUGUUCAACCUACAAGUGCGUGUUGGCGAGCUGCCGCAGCUCAGACAGAGCAAACAGCGCUUCAACGCCUUCCUCCUCGGCCUGCUGAACACCAAACUUCUUGACACCUGGUUGUCUCACCUUCAGUCCUGCAGCGAUGUUCUGGAGACCUUCUACCGUCCCUCCUCCUUCAUGCGUCUGUCUCUGACGUCCUGCCAGCCGUUGUUUGAGGAGCUUCUCUUGGUGCUGCAGCCUCUCAGUCUGCUCACCUUCAACCUGGACCUCCUCUUCCAGCACCACCACCUGGAGCCCGACAGCCCCCGGCCCGACGCCUCCAGCCCUCCUCUGCAGGACGCCGGGCUCCAGGCCGCGGUGAAGACCUGCCCGUCCAAACCCUCAGGCGGCAGAUACAUGGAGAGCCUCUCCGACGUGAACUUUGGGAGUCCAGAACAUCAGGCGGGUAAAGACGUGAAGCCGUCGGCCGAUUCGGGAUCGACGGACGCUGUGAAAGCUUCGGUUCCUCUGGCCCAGACCAGUCCUCAGCUGCUGUGGGUCCAGGAGAAGGAGAUGGGAGGUUUACUUCCACCGAACAUCGAGGAGGACAGCUUCGCUCAGCAGGCAGGACAGGCGAUCCAGCAGGGUUGGGGGGCCGUGGUGCGCUGGGGAGGCCGACUGAGCCAGAACCUGGCCGAGCUGAGCCAGACGGCGCUGAAGAAGGACGACGUGAAGGCCGACCUGCCGGACCUCCAGGCCCAGACGGGGAGCGACUACACGGCGGUCAGCGGCGGCCCUCAGGUGCCCUGGGGUCUGGGUCGACUGUUCGGAGCCUCCAGGAGCCCCAGCAGCCCGACGGGUCCCACUCCACCGACCAGACGUCCCUCCCAGUGGUUGGCUCCUGGUGUCACCGCUUUGACCCGGAUGGUGAGCAGCAGCUCCAGCCCGAUGCUCAGAAGAACCCCGGAGCUGCCGGAGGAAAUCCAAGCGGAGCCGGUGAAAGACGUGGACGCCGUGGAGAGGAAGGACAAACCCCGACCGCUCAGGUCCGUACGGACGCUGUGCGACCACUCCGGAACCGGCUCCGAGCUCAGCUUCCUGAAGGGGGAGGAGCUUGUGGUGCUGGGGGGCGUGGACCAGGACUGGAUUCGCUGUCGUCAGGGAGACAGGGAGGGGCUGGUACCGAUCGGCUACACCUCCCUCAUCAUGUGACUCCGACAGCCGCUGCACUGCUAAAUCGAUACAAAAAAUUACAAACAAACCAAUAUCUAUAUUUUAGGCGAGCGCUGAGAGGUGGCGGCGCGGCUGCACUACUCUGAGGGAUAUUUCACUCCGGACGCCGUCUGUUCUGCUUUCCACGACUCCUCCGGCUCGGUUAGCGUUCGGCUAACGGGUUCUGGUGGCGUGAAAUAAUCGCGAGUUUUCGAGCGUUUCGCACCUUUGACGUUUGAGUGAAGUAUCCCUUUUGAGACGUCUUUUUUCCCGACGGCCUAGCGUUAGCCACGUUAGCGCCUCCAGCCGCGGAGUCGUGGGUUUCGCGGGUUCAUCGAGCGGAGAAAAGACGCGUCAGAGUACUGAGCCGAAGCUCCCGUUGCAUAAAUACUGCGUAGUAAUGUAGUGAAUUGUAGCCGUGUAGAUCCGUGUUCUCUUGACCCCCAAUGACCUCUCAUCCCUCUCGCCUGGUUCAUGUGUGUUUCUGCUACUAUAUUUGACUGUAUAAAUAUACAUAAAAAAUCUAUAUAUAUAUAUAUAUAUAUAUAUAGGUAUAUAAAUUGAGAUUGAUAUUACCAAGAUAGAUAGAAAGAUAGGCGAUCAGGAGAGAGCAGAGAGUGAAACACAAGCAUCGGUGAUUCAACAUCGACUCAUCUCACGUUUAUUUUCUAAUCCGGUAUCUUCCCUCGUGUGCGUGCGUGCGCUUUCGCCAUUGUCUUGCCAUCAUAUUCACGUUAGAUUUAGCUCAUAUCUUAAAAGUGUAAACGUGCCAUGAAUGCUUUGAGCGAAUGGCAGACGACAUAUUUAUCCCGCACAGGUAAAGAAGAUAUCAGACAACAGCGAUCUGUAGCUAAACCCAACGGAGGCUCCGUGGGUCGGAGUCGAAACCUCACGAAAACACCUUCCGUGUCAUCGCCAAUCCCGCCUCCGUGCUUCACUGUCGGGACUGCGCGUUCGCCGUGGUAGUCCUGGACCGCAUCUGAGGUCGAAGUGGAAUAAAUAAAAGCCUCACAGAACUGCGCUCAGCUCUCGUUCGACGCUAUCUGGACUCGUAAAAUCCCGGGUGUUGAUGUGUGAUUCGUAGACGCUACGGUAAAGUCUGUGGGUUUCGGUGGCUGGUCCUCACCGUGUACCUCAGCUUUUUGUAUUUAUCUCCCCGUCAUAAUCAUUGGUAUUAACGAUAGUGGUUAUCGGUGGGUGUUGCUCAUAUGAAAUGCGUUGCUUUGUGUCAUAUAUUUAUCAGUUAUUCUCUAGAUUCUGUAUUGAUGACUAUGCAUAUGGUUCAAUGUGUUUUUGUUCGUUUUUAUUUGGUGUUAUCAUGCAAAGUGGACAUCCGAACCAUAAAAACAAUAGCUUAAAAAGAAUAUAUAUGUGUGCACUACUGUUCAGAAGCUUGGGGUCUGAAAAAAAGGACUCAAAAUGACUUAAAAUUGCCCAAAAUUUGUUAAAAUCUGCCCAAAAAGGACUCCAGGCUGCCAAAAUUAAAUGAAAAAUCUGCGGAAAAUGAGUUAAAGCUGUUUAAAAGGCUUUGAAAGUUGUUCAAGAAAGCUUAAAAUUAUCAAAAAAGGACUCAAAAUUACUUGAAGCUGCCUAAAAUGCUUUGAAAUCCAUAUGAAAUCACUCAAAAUUGCGCAAAAUGACUCAAAACCUGUCCAGAAUGUGGUGUGAAAUGAUGUGGAAAACGGUGUAAAGGAGGGCAGUGUGAGGAGCGGUGUGGAGGCCUGGAGCUCCUCGUACCUCCAGGGCGAUGUAGUCUUUUGUGCCGCAGAAGGUUCAGAUGGUGUCGCCCUCAAACAUGCCCUCAGUGCACAUCCCAAAAUCAGCUGUCUUUGAAGUCUGCCCAAAAAAAAUGACUUAAAACUGUGUGAAAUUCUUCCAAAAUUGCCCCAAAUGUGUCCAAAAUUAGUUUAAAACAGGCUAAAAUGAGUUAGAAACUGUCCAGAUGGACUCAAAACUGCCCUAAAAUGACCUGAAACGUUUCCAAAACAUGUCUAAAAUGCUCUGAAACCUGUCUGAAAUCACUCAAGAUUGCGCAAAAUGACUCGAUACCUGUCCAGAAUGUGGUGUGAAAUGAUGGAAAAUGGUGGAAAACAGUGUAAUUGAGGGCAGUUUGAGGAGCGGUGUGGAGGCCUGGAGCUCCUCAUUCCUCAAACAUGCCCUCCCUUUUGGGAAUUGUUUCCCAAACUUGUCCAAAAUUAGUUUAAAACUGUCUAAAAUGAGUUAUAAACUGUCCAGAAGGACUCAAAACUGCCACAAAACGACCUGAAAUGUGUCCAAAAUAUGUUCAAAUUGUCUAGAAUGCUCUGAAACCUGUCUGAAAUCACUCAAAAUUUUUGCAAAAUGACUCGAAACCUGUCUCAAAUGUGUGAAAUGAUGAAAAACAGUGUAAUUGAGGGCAGCUAUCUUUAAUGUGUGCCCAAAAAAUGACUUAAAACCGUGUGAAAUUCUUCCCAAAAUGCCUAAAAUUGCCCCAAACUUGUCUAAAAUUAAUUAAAAACAGGCUAAAAUGAGUUAUAAACUGUCCAGAAGGACUCAAAACUGCCCCAAAACGACCUGAAAUGUGUCCAAAAUAUGUUCAGACUGUCUAAAAUGCUCUGAAACCUGUCUGACAUCACUCAAAAAAACCUGUCCAAAAUGUGUUAAAAACUGUCCAAAAGGUCUCUUUUUUUGAAUGAAGAUCACAUUAAAUGAAUCAGAAAUACAGUCUAGAUAUCAUUUGACCUAAACUUUAGACUUUAUUGCCCCCAAGGGCAUAUUCUUUUCCAUAGCACCGUCCCACUUGAUUGACGUUGACAGGACAACACAAAAAAAGUCCAAAAACACAGACUUUACCCAAACAGUGUCUACGUCCUGUAGUGUAGACGUUGUUCUUGAGGUAAAUGACUAUUCUAGCUGGAAACAGCUGAUUUAAUGGAAUAACAACCAUCACUGCUCUGUUCUAAUGCUACGUUGUGUUAGCUAACGGUGUUGAAAGGCUAACUGAUGAUUAGAAAACGCCUCUAAAAGUAUGAAAUUGUCUGGGAAACCCCAAACUUUUAGACAGUAGUGUACCUAAAAGAGCCUGGUGAGGAAAGGCAGACGCUGAAGGACGUCCACUGAAUCCAGCAGGAACAUUUCAGCGCUAUAAAUAAAUCAGGGAACGCUCAGCUCUUCGAAGUUUCCUCAUGUUAUCGUGUCAUGUAGCAUGAGAUUACCGUCAGACCGGACGAUAAGACGCCAAUCAAAUGGGUCACAUGUAGGUGUUUAAAUGGAGAUGAAAUAUCAGUGGACACGUUUAACUGUUCUGUUUCUGAGCUUGUUUCGAAAGCCGUUCAUUUAUCGGACGUGCUGUUUAUGGAUCUGGAGGUUUGUGAGAGAGGAGCAUCCGGCCCGUCUCUAUCUAUCUAUCUGGGUUUCUUCAUGUGUGAGAGUGUGCACAUGGCCGUGUACGUGGCGGUGAGAGCAGCGAUGAGCGAGAGCACCUCGAUGCGUCUGCACAUCCUGCACUUUCACUCCCAAGUGUAACAAUGACUUCCGUACCUUCCUCUUCCUCUCUGGUGUCAUGUAGCCCGUAGACCUCCCGCUGUCCUACUGUUGCAUAGAGUCCAGUGGCCCCUCUAGUGUCAGUCACUGUCCACCUCCUGCAUGUGCUUGUUUGUAAAUACACCAAAUAAAAGGAUCUGUAUAAACCAAA